UACAGAUUACGAAUAAAAAAAAGUUCGGGUGGAAGGAAAAGGUGUACGUUGAUCCUUAAUUUUCUGAAACAAUUGUAAAUUUAACGAAUAUAUCUAGAAAAUCUUUCGUUUUGAGAAAUGUUUUCUGUUGAAAAUGAUUCCGAUAUGGUUUUAUGCCCCUAUAAUAAAGCACAUCAAUUGUUGCGCAGACGGUUGCAAUCUCAUCUAAUCAAGUGUCGUCAAAAUUAUCCCCAACUUGAGUUACAAAAAUGUCCAUUUAAUGCUACCCAUCACAUACCGGAGCCCGAAUUUGUACUUCAUGUUACUAAUUGCCCGGAUCGAAAACUUAUAACCCAAUAUAAAUACAAUACAGUGGAGGUAAAGGAAGAAGAACCUGUUCGACAUGCGCCAAUUGAAUGCGAAGAAAAUUGGGAUGAUACAGAAGUGGAUGACUACAACCCACAAAAAUAUAUAGAUCAGAAAAAUGUACUUCAGAGGCCACUUGGAGCUCCUCCAGCACAGCGCAAGGCAUUCAUAAAAAGGGAACGAAAACGACUCGGUGAUGAAGAAAGUUAUACGGACAGUGAUGAAGAUGAAGAAGUGGUUAAAAUAGAAGUGUCAGCAGAAGAAGAUGAAACGGAAGCAAAAACAGAGACUCUAAUACAUAAAAUUUCUCCGUCUUCACCUAGCCAAAACCAGGAAAAAUAUGUACCUAAAUCUAGAUCUCGAAGUCGGUCGCCUAUUGCAUCAGCUUACUACAGACGUGUUCAUGGUCGUGACUCCCAAUCGCCUCCACGACCCCCUCCUUUUAGACCCCAUUCCAGUCGCGAACGCUCACCUGUUUUUAAUAACAAAAGAUCUGCAGCCUAUGAAAUAGACGAUGAUCCAUAUUAUAACAGUAGCAGUGGAUCCUUUAAUCGAAAUGGUGUUCAUAAUAGCAGCGAGGAUAAUCGCCGUUCGCAGUACGAGGCAGAGUUAUAUAUGCAAGAUGAACAUCGCAGUCCUCCUCUUGUUGCUUAUCCCACUCGCACUCCAUCGUAUGGACGCGGCGCUAAUCGUGGAUACCCUCAUAAUCGCAGAAACAAUUCUCGUUUUAGUGACAUUCGUCAUUAGUUUUACGGAUUUGAACUUUAAUUAUAUUUGUAUAAUCCUAAGAUGUUUUCAUAUAAAGGUACGUGUAUUUUCCCAGACUCCUACAA